CUUAUUCGGUAAUAAUCGUGGCUGCCUAUUUGGAUCACUUAUGCGCGUGCGCUAUUACAAAGCUCACUUUGAUAAUAAAUAUUUUAUUGUUGAUUAACUGUACGUAAAAUGUAUCAUUCUAUCUUUAAAGGGAUAAAUUUAUCUUGCGAAGUUAUCAGUACUAAUAAAUAUAUAGUAUAAGAAUAUGGCAAACCACUGUUCUAUUAUGAUUAUCGAGUGACCACCUGUUACGGUUGUUCAAAGGUAAGAUUGUUUUGCCUGCUAUUAAAUUGUACGUUCAACGUCAUUUCUUGUAUUUGAAGAGAAUUUGAAGAGUAUCAAAAUCUAUAUAAGAUUAAAUAAUAAUUGUAUAGUAAUUAAACUAAUUAAAUUAAAUAAUUAUGAUUGUUCAUCGCGAUAAAAGAUUAGUAAAAAAAAGUAUGUUGGGGUGUAACUAAAAUACUUUAAUUGUUCUUGUUGUCUUUGAGUGAUGAUACAAGGUAAGUAAAGACAGACAAUUGAUCUCAUAGUUCUGCUUAAUGUGGUCCAAUCCAAUGAUACUGCGUGUCAGUAUCAAGAGCAACAAUUAAAGUUCAGACAUGUUGGGAGUAUAAAUGAGAGUGAGCACGUGCACUCAUGCGAGAGAAUGAGAGAGAGUGGUCUGCCAAUUGUAAAGGAAGAAUAAUUUGACCAAUUGAAUGAAAUUAAAGACUCUAAAGAAUGGCAGACGCGAAUGGGGGCGAAGAUGGCUUUUGAUUUAAAGGCAAUUUAAUUAUGCGACUGGGCUCUUGCCGUUAGUUAGUAUAUAAGCGCGUGUGCUGCAGUGGAGAAAAGGAUACGUUAAGUCAGCAUUAUUAGUAUUUAAAAAUGGACUAUAAACUGACUAAAAUUUAUAUGAUUCACAUUAUGAAGAUACUAAGACUGGACGCCGUCUACAAGGCUUUCAGUAGAAAAAAACUAAUCUCAACGCCUCAAGAAUCAAAAUUGGCAAGAUGUCUUUCGACAUUGGAUCUCACGGCUUUAGGAAUAGGAUCAACUCUAGGUGUAGGAAUUUAUGUCUUGGCAGGAUCUGUAUCCCGCGAUGUAGCUGGCCCAGCUGUUAUCAUAUCUUUUGCUAUAGCAGCCGUCGCAUCGGUCUUUGCCGGUUUAUGUUAUGCGGAAUUUGGUGCCAGGGUACCAAGAGCUGGUUCUGCCUACGUUUACAGCUAUGUCACUAUGGGAGAAUUUAUAGCCUUCUUUAUUGGAUGGACUCUUAUCUUGGAAUAUGUGAUUGGAUCAGCAAGUGUCGUACGGGGUUUGAGUACCUACGUUGAUGCGCUUUUUAAUAACACCAUGAGAAAUACAUUUCAGUCGGUAGCACCUAUAGACAUUAACUAUCUUUCGGAUUAUCCAGACUUUUUCGCCUUUGUCGUUACUAUUGCCUUUUCCGUUGCUCUGGCUUUGGGUGCUAAGGAAUCUUCAUUAGCUAACAAUAUCUUCACCUUCAUUAAUUUAUCGGUGGUUCUCUUUGUUAUAAUAGCUGGAUCAUUCAGUGCUGAUGCUGCUAAUUGGAGGACAACGCCUGAGUGCACAGAAAAGAGUUGUAAUUUUGGAACUGGUGGAUUCGCUCCUUAUGGCAUCGCAGGAAUUAUUACCGGCGCUGCCACGUGCUUCUAUGGAUUUAUUGGAUUCGAUUGCGUCGCGACGACCGGUGAAGAGGCAAGGAAUCCUCAGAAGUCGAUUCCCAUUGCAAUAGUGACUUCACUCACUGUUAUCUUCCUGGCAUAUUUCGGUGUAUCCACUGUUCUUACCAUGGCAUUGCCAUAUUAUGAACAGAAUCCUGAUGCACCAUUUCCACAUCUAUUUGACAGAAUAGGCUGGAGUUGGGCUAAAUGGGUCGUGUCCGUUGGAGCCAUAUGUGGUCUCUGCGCUAGUUUACUUGGUGCAAUGUUUCCGCUGCCACGUGUCAUCUAUGCUAUGGCGAAUGAUGGAUUGAUUUUCCAAUGGAUGGGAAAAAUUAAUCAGCGAUUCCAAACUCCGCUUAUGGGUACUCUCACUGCUGGUGUCCUUACUGGAAUUCUCGCCGCAAUCUUUGAACUCACUCAACUUGUUAAUAUGAUGAGUAUUGGAACUUUAUUGGCAUAUUCAAUAGUUGCAGCCUGCGUACUGAUAUUGAGAUAUGAAGAGAGCGAUGGAUAUGAAAAAAAGUAUGAUCGUGAAGUGAGAUCUUUUUCUCUCAUUAUGAUGCAGCUAGUUAAUGCAAACAAGCAGCAUCACGCUACAAGACUGACUGCACAAAUUGUAACGUGGCUAGUAUUUUUCUACUUCAUGCUGUGCAUCGCCUUUACCGCCAUUGUUGCAAAAUACUUUGGAGCUAUUGCAAAUCUGGAAGCAUGGGUCAUUAUAGUCCUAGUUAUUCUCCUGGUCAUCCUUAUUGCAAUACUGAUAAUCAUCAAUUUGCAGCCAGUCUCUGGAAAGAAAUUAUCAUUUUCAGUUCCACUGGUACCAUUCCUGCCCGCUCUCAGUAUUCUGAUUAAUAUUUACUUAAUGAUGAUGCUGGAUGUCAUGACUUGGAUACGUUUUGUGGUCUGGAUGGUAAUUGGACUGACGAUAUACUUCUUCUAUGGAAUCUGGCAUAGUAAUCUUAGAAAGAAAAACAUGGCUCCUAAAAAUGCUUCAGGUUCCAGUCAAGAUCAUCUAGAAAAUACUGAGCAGCCAAAACAAACGUAAUACAUGUACCAAUAUGUGAUGGUAAAAUAAAGGAAACGUUUUUAUCUUUAA